AUGGCUGCCACCACUCGAUCAGCGUCCCUUCGGCCCCAAAACUGUCCUGGCUCUCUCGGACAUCGCCCGCAGCGUCGCAAGUCCCAGUCGCAAAAGCCAAAAGAGAUGAAGGCUGAGCCAAAGCCCGUUACCACCCCGAAGGAGAACGCCUGCUUCAAGACAGGCUACAUCCGCAUCAUCAUCACAAACUGUGUUGCAACAGACGAGACUGCCUCCAUGCUGUCAGACCAGCUUCAGGCUCUGGAACCUCUGGUCGCCAAAGGUUUUUCCUGCAAGACUUUCGAGGGUAACAGCGAAAAGAUACUCAUCGAGGCAGCAACAUGCUGCGAGAUCACCGCGGCAGCUAUGGGUGACUUUGAGACCACGAUUCAAAAGGGUUUUCCGGAAGCCAGCUACGAGAUCCACGUCCGCCCCCAGGGAGGCCCCCCCUUCCUUCCCUAUGUCUAG